CACCAGAUGCCGCAGGAGCAAAAUCGUGUUUUGCUCUUGUAUGUCGAAGUGAAAAAUUGUUUAGGUUCCAGCGGUUAUAGUACAGUCGUACAGUCACUAAGCAAAGUUCGCAACUCUAGGUUCCAGUUGCGUGGUGUUGAUGUUGUCAGUAUUGCUUUCAGCAAGUAUAAGUUGCGCUCAAUCUAGGGUAGUAAAAGUCGACCUAUGCAUUCGCUACCGCUAGAAUGGAGGGGGAUAGACAUACAAAUGCUUCCAGGUGAUGUUCCAAGCUUUGUGCCCGUGGAAACGAUUCUGAAGGAAGAUGGAGGAGUGUCUCUUUCUGUCAACAGCGAAAAGCCUGAGGGCAUCAUGAUGAACAUGGAAACGAGAGAGCUGUUCCUAAGUAAUAGUCAUAACAGUGGAGAAGACAUGGAACUGAAGCGAGGUCUUCAACGGGAACGCGUCCAGGCUUUGCGGCAGAACCCAUCGUACAGGGAAAUGGAACGCCUUCGCCAAAGGAGCCUGAUGCAGCUCAAGCGUCAGGAUCCGCAGUUCAGGGCUCUUGAGAGGGAGCGUCAGCGUGCUCGUAUGCAGCUUCGGAGGCAGGAUCCAACAUUCAGGGCAUUGGAGAGGGAACGGCAGCGUCAACGAAUGCAGCUGAAACGAAGAGAUCCAGAGUUCCGGGAACGAGAGAGGGCACAGCAGAAGACGCGCAUGGCUGUGCGGCGCUCUUCCGGAAGAGUUUCUCUGCACCCGGUCCAGGAGCCACCGGAUGUCGUACCCACGGCUGUGGUGCAACAGAAACAAGACCAAAAAGAAGAGGGCUGUCGAACGACUAAUGGAACAAGGAACGAGAAGGUGCCUGACAACGCCUACACGAUGCAGAGGCUGCCAUCUCCACAAGAUCUGGUUCAGACACAUGCAAAUCGAGGAGAGACAGCGUUACUCAAAAGCCCUUACUUCAACCCAGCCUCGUGUGACCCCAGGCGAUUACUACUCAGCUCACAAGGGGGCCCACUGCUUUUGGAAAAGGGCUUUCCAGAUGGGCCCAUUUCAGUUGGAGAACGCUUUUCAACAUGCGCCAUCCUAAGGCCUCCUAUCCCCACAUUGUCUCAUCAGCUACACAGAGGUACAGUCUUGGCACCCUUGCCGCUGCAGGCAUCUACACCUGAUGCCACUAGUCAAGGUGUACUGAAGCCUGGUAACAGUGAGGGCUGCUUGGACUGCUCGUGAGUCGGCGCUGUGAUACAGGGAGGAAGUUUCGCUACAAGGUGGAGAACUACAUUGGAACUGGUCUGUGUUGCUCAGCCGGAUUGUUCGGUUCACAGUGAAAGCAUCGUCACUGCUGAUCACUCAGUAAUUUACCCGCUGUAAACCAGUUGCUGUGGGAGGAAGGCACUCUGAUCACAGCUUAAACACCUGCUGCUGCAACAAAAAAGAACUUCAUUUGUUAAUGGCAGACGUCAGAAGGUGUGGGAUACAUAAAACUUGGGCUGGUUGGUGCAACACACAGACUUAAAAAUGCUAAAGCCCCCCCAGUACAGGGACAAAAAAGACAACACAACACACAGGCACUGAGAUGGGAUACGUGCUUGUUGAUAUCAUGACAAUGAUUUAAUAUAUCAUACCUGUUGAAAACAUGAGUAAUCACCCUACCAUCGUGGUCUUGACAUGUAGCACUGCUGCACUGUUAGGAAAUCAUAUUGUAUUAACUUUCCGUGAUUUGCGAGUACCUGCACUUGAGCAAACAGGUUGGAUGUUGUGGCUUCGAUAUACAGUACAAAGCAUUGCUUCGAAGAUCUGGGCAUUAUCGGUUUAAUAUGACAUAAGAGCAAACGUUUACCAGCAUAGGUAUUUUAAGUGUCAUUCGAGUUCUAAACUGUAACUACAAAACCGUUGUCGCAUGAUCUCCCGUGAUGCUUGGAGUUCAAAAAUUCACAGCCAGUUAUUUAUGAUUGGAUAUUAUUGUAUUGCAAUCCAGUCUCUGGUGACUGCUCUCUGGUGUUUUUGUGAGCUGGUUUGGAUUCUUGUCCUGUGAGGCUUGAGAGCCACAGGCUCCACACAAAAUUGUUAAGCAUGUUUCACAAACUCAAAAAAUGAAGGAAUAAAAACAUUGAUUGCCUAAAUUUCAGCCACUCAUCACCGUGUUGUCCAGAAUGGCUUAUGCUUGUUUGUCCCAUCUAUCACCAAAAUUGCUGAAUAAAUUUUGUGUACACCAUCUGCACAUACAUUACGGUCAGACACAGCUUUAAUCACAGAACUAGUGGGGGAUCCAAACGGCACCAAGAAUCCAAGCAAGAAUGUCCAAGCAAAUGCGUGUUGCUCUGUCUGGACUUCACAGCAGCCACCUGUAGCUUCCUUUUGAGAACUUGAAUCAGCCUUGGAUACACCUGAUAAGGUCGGAAGAAAUUAUUUUGCGUAGCAGUGUCAGUACACACAGUACAUCUAUUAUAACUUUUAGAUUAAAAUUUGGUAUUGGGCAUUACGGACAUUUUGAUUCAACACCAGUGAGAUAUGAGAUGAGUACUCUGCACAGUGUGGUGCGGACUUUGUAAAUAUGUGUAAAUAAAUUUGUUUAGUUUUCUA